AUGUCUUUGGCAUCAUAUCUGGCAAAAAAGUAUUUAAAUAAAGAAGUAAUAAAGAAAGAUAAGAAGAAGGAGAUAAAAGAUGAUAUUGUUCAUAUUAUUGAUGGAGAUCUGACUGGAUGGAAAGAGAUCAAAUCAGAUAUUAAAAAAAAGGCGUCGAUUUUAAAAAAUGAUCUGAAAAAAGAAUUAGAAAAAGAGCAAGAAGGAAUAAAAAAAGGCUUUAAAAAGGCAAGUUAUUCUUCAUGGGAAAAAGUGGAAGGGCCAGAAUCAAAUUCAGAAGCACAAGAUACGCCGGUCGUAAUUGUGUCUGAAGAGAAAAAUGAUAUUGAUAUAAAGAUGGAGUCGAAAAAUGAAUGCACUAUGUCAAGCGGCGCGCGCGCAGGAUUACAAACAGCAAAACAAGUAGCAGAUGAUAUUAAACGACAAAAAGAUCAAGAACGUGCAAUUUUUAAGACUGUAGAUCCAAAAUUAACAGGGAAAAAUGCAGAAACGAUUUACAGAGAUGCAAGUGGUCGUAGAGUUGAUAUAGAACUUGCUAUGAUGGAACGACAACGUCAAAAAGCUAAAGAAGAAGCUCGAAAAAAAUUAGAACAUGAAAUGUCCCAAGGAGAAGUACAGAAACGAGAAAAAGAAGAAGCAAAAAAAGCUAUGGAAGCUAUAAAAUAUGAGCCUUUUUCAAGAUCAAUUGACGAUCCAGAAUUAAAUCGUAUGCUUAAAGAAAAAGAACGUUGGGACGAUCCUGCUAAUGCUUUUCUAUCUAAAAAACAACAAUCUACACGCCCUACAUAUCAAGGAUUUUAUAGUGCUAAUAGAUUUGGUAUUGCACCAGGUUAUCGUUGGGAUGGUGUAGAUAGAAGUAAUGGUUUUGAAAAGGCCUGGUUUGCUUAUCGAAAUGAAAAAAAAGCACAAGCUGCAGAAGCAUAUGCCUGGAGUAUCGAAGACAUGUAAAUAUAUUUAAUUAUUUACUAAUUGUUUUACUAUUCAACCCUAACUCUUGCCAAAUACCUUACAAUAAUUUAUUAAUACUAAUUUUAUAUUUUUUUAAUUCCUAACGCUU